AUGAAUGAAAGUUAAAUAAACCCAGAGAAUUAUUAUCGUCUAGAAUGUAUAAUAGGAGAAGGAUCUUAUGGCUAAGUUUAUAAGGGUAUUCAGAUGGAUACAGGAAAGGUAGUUGCUAUAAAAAUAGUACCAUCUAAUGGUGAAAUUGAAUCACUCAAAAGAGAAAUUCAAAUACUUCGAGAUUGUAGAAGUGAUAAUAUUGUAAAAUAUUAUGGAUCUUAUCAUUUCAAUGGAUAGUUAUGGUUAAUAAUGGAAUAUUGUUAAGGAGGUAGUGUGAUAGAAUUGAUAAAGUCUUUAUAGCAUCCUUUAUCAGAAGAGAUUAUUGCUACAAUUCUCUAUUAAACAUUAAAAGCAAUUGAUUAUAUGCAUAGCCAUAAAAAAAUACAUAGAGAUAUUAAGUGCGGGAAUAUACUAAUUGACCAUUUGGGCAAUAUUAAAUUAGCUGAUUUUGGAGUCUCUACCUAAUUGGUACAUACUAUGGCUGAUACAGAUACAGUUAUAGGAAGUCCUUUUUGGAUGUCUCCAGAAAUUCUAUUGAAAUCAAGAUAUAGUAAAAAGACAGAUAUUUGGUCUUUGGGAAUCACAGCAAUAGAAAUGGCAGAAGGUGAACCACCUUAUUCUCAUAUACAUCCUAUUAGAGCUAUGUUUGCUAUUAAAAAUAAUCCUCCUAACUCUUUGUCUGAUCAAAGUAAAUGGUCUAAAGAAUUUAAUUUAUUUGUAAAAAGAUGUCUCACUUUAGAUCCUAAAGAAAGACCUUCAACUAAAGAUUUAUUGCAAGAUCCUUUUUUUCAAAAAUUCUGUAAGAAUAGAGAAUAUAUUUAAUAAUUCAUUUUAAAGUAUAAAAAGAAUAUUGAUUAAUAUAAAAUAAGCAAAUUACAAAGAUAAAAUGAAUAAUAAUUUUAAUUCACUCAAGAAUAACUUGGAGUUCCAUUAGAUACUUUAGUUGAAUGUGAAGAGGAAGAAGAUCUAGGAACAAUGAUUAUUAAUAAUAUAGAUCCUAUUUCAAUCAAUGAAACUGGAACUAUGUUAGAACAUUAAUAUAAAGAUGUAGAAAUCUAUGAAAAAGCAAUGAAUAAAGUGGUAUAUCUUGAAUUUUAAUUAAUUAUUAGUCAGAAUAUGGAUUAUAAAGUUUGAAUCAACAGAGAGUAUCUACAUCAAAUAAAGAGUCACCUUUCAUAAAAAAGAAAUAGAUAGAAGAUAAGAUUAAUUAAUUAAAUGAGGAGAUGUAAAAUGAAAUAAAAAAAGUAAAAAUAAAAUAUGGGGAAGAAAUCAAUGCUCUUUAAAAAAUUUUAAGUUAAAUAAUUAUUUAGAAUUCUUAAAAAUAUGAAACUAAUAAGUCUGUUCAUGAAUAGAAAGGUUUUCCUUUGACAACAAAUUAUUAUAAAUAGUUGGAAUAAAAAAAUAAGACAUCAGCACCAUCAACCCCUGUUUAAUUGUAAACCAAGAUGAGAAUGGAUUUAGAAAACAAUAUCAAUUUAGAAAAUCAAUUGAAAUAAACAAAAUUUUAAUAAACAAAUUUACAGUAUAAAGAUAUUUAAAUAUAGAAAAUUGUAAUUACAAAUUCAAAAUAGAUCAAGUGAUGUACAGAAAUUAGAUAAUAGUUAAAAACUAAUAAAAUAAUUAAUAAAUAGAAAAAAUUGA